AUGUAUCCUAUAAUUUCAGCGCCAACAACUACUAUCAAGCCAACGCCUUAUUCUCACCCUACGACAAAUGCAAUUUCCACUUCUCCUCCGCGUACUAAUCCGCCGUUUGAUCGUGGUUUCAAGUAUAGCAAACUGAAUGAUGAUGAAUCAGACAAAACUACCGAAUCCAACUUCCACAUCUUCCUCACCAAAAUCUCCUCUAUCGCUCGCCUCGCCAAUACAAUCAAAAUGCAAUCAGACAUCAUGAACCGUUCUGGAAUCGACAACACAAUUGGUGAGCUUCUCAACUUGGGUCCCUACAAUGCGUCCAAUCUUCGAAAACUGAAAGUAAGUGGUCUGGAUGAGUUUAUGGAUGUUGUGAAGACUUUUCUCCGAUCAGUCAACACUGCCUAUAUUAAGAACGGUGAAAAAUAUAUCAGCGCUUGCGAAGACAUUCGGAUCGGAUCGAAACCUAUUCGAAGUAAUACACCGUAUUCUUUUCCGUUUCGAGCGGAAUUUUAUGAAAAAGUAGAGGGUUUGAAAAACAAAUUCGAUGGCAUCAUUGUCGAAAAUGCACUGAAAAAACUGAGAUCGAUAUCUACUACUCUUCAAACAGUACAGACGUAUUCAUUAGAAGAAUUUGUGUUUGAAAGUGAAAAGACAACAGUUGUGCAAGGUUUCCAUAAGCUUUCAAAUGAAAUAGAAGAUGCAAAGAAUGAUGUCAACAAACUGAAAGAAUUUAUCGCCUCCAUAGCCGAUUACCAAUAUUUUAAGGAUGAAUACGAACGGAAUCCAGAAUCAGAAAACCCGAUGAUAUUGGUUGGUCUCACCGAACUUAGUUUGGAUAAACGUUUUGAGACAUUGCCUUCUAUAGUUCCGAUGAGUUUUAAAGAGAACUUCAUUAUGUUGGAUAAAAUGAAAGAACUCGUCAAGCCGCUUGAAUAUUUCUUUGAUUUUAUUGAGCAUAUGAUCAAGUAUCCAAAUGUUCCAUCAGCAGAUCUUAAAGGAUUUGGAGCAAUCAGUCAAUUGUCAUCUGAAAUCAAUGAUCAUUCGUUGAAUGGACUAUUGAAAAAUCAAACAGAUAUAGAGAAAUUGAUGGAUGGUCUGAGUCCGAUUUUGACGACGCAGAAAGCAUCGAAACUGGCUAAUAUAAGCUUCUCGACAAACCAAAAGACUCGAGAUGUUGUGUCAAAUAUCUAUUCAAUUGUGAAAGAUUUAAAUGAGAUUUCAUCGAGCGUUGAAAACGUUGAUAACACAUUCAAUGAUUAUGAGAAUUGUUUGAAAAUAACUUGGUAUUCUCAAGGAAUCACGUUAACGGCUAUGUCUGCCGAAAGUGAAAUGUUUGAAGAUCUUUAUAUGCUAUCGAUGCUUUGGAUCGAUUACCAAAAGCUGACAACUGAGUUAACAAAUGUGACAAGUUUGAUAACAUUCAAACAUCCAAAUGACAUUUUGGUAUCUUAUUCUGAAAUUUCAAAGGUGGACGUUCAAUUGAAAUCAAUACUGAACGAACUGAAAAAAUCAUUGGAUCAAUUUCAAAGAAUUCCCAAGGAUUUCAAUGCUGACACCUUUACUACGCAUAUGAAAGAAGUGUUGAACUAUAAAGAAACGUUUAAAACUAGUCUUAAAAAUAAAAGAUUAGCAAACGAAUACUUGGUCUUCAACUGUUUGGAAGAGUUAGGAAGUCGGUCAAGAGACGUAAACAUAGCGAGUCGAUUGGUUCGGAAGCUGACAGUGUAUCUGGAUUCGGAUCAGUUAAGUCUCUUGAAAACUUAUUUCAAUAGUCUCAAGGAGCCAGUAAAACUGUUCACGACAAACGAAUCAAUUGAGACAGAGAUGAAGAAACAAUCGGUAGAGAAAACAGUUCAAGACUUGAAUCAACAGGAUUGGUCACUUGCAACUACGAUUGAUAGAGCAGUGACCGGAAUCAAGAAUGUUCUGGAAGUGAAGAAACUCGUGGAUCUGAAAAUUCUGGGGCAACUGCUGAGGAAUAUGGAUACUGUAUCCGAGGAGAUUACAAAGUUAUCUGGUUGGAGUAUAAAACGGAAGUUGAAAAAGAAAUGGAGAAAAGUCUAUGAUGUCGUCGAUCGGAUUGAGAUGGGUCUCCAGUUUUUCGAGAAUUGGAUCCAUGAAACAGAUAUCUCGACAAUGCGUAACAUCUCGGAGUAUGGAUCAUUUUUCACUGGUUUCGAGAAAAUGCCUGAUAUGUGGAUAGAUAAUUCGCUGGAAGAAGUAUUGGAUUACGUGAUACCACUGGUAGAGGAUGGGACAUUGCGGAAUGAGUUGAUUGAUUUGAAGUCGAAAUUAGAUCGAAUGGCUUCAUUGGAUUUGCAGUUCUCCAAGUAUAACUAUGAAAAAGUUCCGGAAGCUUUUGAGAAGUUUGACAAGUUUUUGAAUGAAUUCUUUGCUGAAGACUUGGCGAUUGGUUCAGAGGAAGUGACGGAGGAUUGGACCAUCUACUACUUGUGCCUCCUUCUCCUUAUCUUCAUCCUAAUCACUGGAAUUGUUCUAUUCAUUUUGUGGUACUACAAACUGCUCUGCUUCAAGCAACGGAAAAACUGGACGGUGUGCUCAGUUGUCGACAUGGAUGCAGAUGAUAAAACAGUGAAUCCAUUGACAGAAGACCUUCUCGUCAUUAUGGUUGUGAAUGCGUCAAUGGGUGCAAUUCAGCAGAAAUACGAGUUAUGGAUGGAUUUGAUGAAGAUGGUGGUGAAUGAGACACGAAAUGAGAAUAGAGCAUUUCCGUAUGUUCAAUUGGCUAUUCGAAAGAAUUGGGAUGUCAAUCUUCCAUUGAAUCCGUGGACGGCACUCCAAUCCAUCAGACUUCAUGCGAAUACUUUUCUGACUCGGAUUGGAAACAUUUUCACAGUUACACAGGGACCCAUGUAUGCAUCGGAUGACCACGACGACACUCGUAUCGAUUUCCUCUCAUUGAUCGUCAAGGACGAGUCGGAAUACGCAGUGAUGAUUGGACAAGCUCAGUCAGAAGAAGAUCCGAAGAAUCUCAACCUUUGUGCCGCCUAUUUCAGUCAAGGUCCAGGUGGAUCAGUCAAGAUUGGACCGUUUACUGUGGAGACACUGGACGAGGCACCAUUCAACCAGGGAACAGCACAGAUUGAUGUGACACUGCGGACUCUGAAAAUUACAGACAAGCGGAAGAAGAAGGCCACUCGGACAAUCAAACACUUCCAUAUGUCAACUUGGAAUGAUGAGGAUAUUCCUCCAUUUGGAUAUGAGACGUGUUAUCAGGUUAUGCAGACGAUCAUCAAGUCGAAAAAACCCAUCCUGGUCCACAACACGAAAGGAGUUGGCAGUGCGAUGGCUUUUGUGGGACUGGAAUACACUUCGAGAAUGAUGGAAUACCAUGAGGAGUACACGUACAAGGACGCAUUCGGAAAAUUGAGCGAAAAACGUUAUUGCUCAUUCCAAAAUGCUCGCCAAAUCGGAUGGAUGCACGUGGGAUCCAUCUUCUUCACCAGCCGUAACCAUAAUCUGGAUAUGUACAUGUUCAAUCAGAUGAACAAUGUCUUCUUGGAGGUGGAUAGAGCGUACAGUGGAGUUCCGAAGAAUGAGAAUGGUGUCAAGUGGUGCUAG